GAGCCCAAAUUAAAUCGGAACAUGCUACAUCCAGUAUUUCUCGGACUACAUUUCUCCGCCUCUUUUUGAUAGCGCGACCUUUGAAAUUUGACCCACUUUUUUUAUGGACGUUAAAGUUAACGUUAUGGUAAAAUUAGAAGCGUAGCGUAGCGUAAAGAUUUACAGCUUGGAGCACUUCCUAUUUGGUUCAGCAGUUCAGUGAUUGCAACCCACGGAGUCUGGUAGAGAUGUCAACCAUGAACUGAAGUUUGUGCCCUGGGUGCCCUGGUCUUUGCCUACAAGAUGGAAGCUGUUCAGAAGCAGAGACUGUCAGCCGUGUUGAGGCAGCUGGUACCGCUAAGGGAGGGAGAGGACAACCAGCUCCACAGGGCAGCAGAGACGGGAGAUCUGGACAGCUUGAGACAGCUGAUAGAAGGUGACAUGAAGGGGCAGAUCGACAGUAAGAAUCAUCUGGGCUGCACACCAUUGAGGUUAGCAGCAGCAAAGGGUCAUGUGGACUGUGUGCAGUACCUGGUCUCACAUGGUGCGGGGCUGGAGGUGGCAGACAUUAAGUCACAGACUCCCCUGUAUGCAGCAGUGCGGAGGAAACACUCGGACUGUGCAGAGGUGCUGUUAAAGGCCGGUGCUGUCCCUAACGGUGACCCAAACAACCUCGCCACGCCUCUCUUUAGAGCAGCUCAAGAUGGCUGCCUCCAGUGCAUGAAAGUGCUGAUUAAAUAUGGAGCAGAACUUAACUUCUCGAAACCUAUCAUGGAGAUGGGUGCUCUCUGCAGCACCGUACUGUACAUCACUUUGAUCUAUAAACAUUUUGAAUGCUGUAAGUUACUGCUCUGCUCCGGUGCUGACCCAGAUUUCCACAUCAGAAGGCAGUUGAAUCUAACAAACUUGUCAAAAGAUGAGUCCCUUCUGCAAGUUGUAGUGAGACAUGAUCUACCUGUUGAGUUUGCCCAACUACUUAUAGAGUUUGGAAUCAACAGGUUCCAAAGGAACUCCAGUGGAAGGACAGCAGACAGUGACUCAAGAAAUGAGAGUGCCAGAUUCAUUCGAUCGAGUCUAGUGUCUCCACUUCUCCUGCAGUCACAGUGCCGAAUUGGAAUCAGACGAUGUCUUGGACCACACAGACUCCAAGAGAUUCCGGCACUUCCACUACCAACCAAACUCACCAACUUUCUACUAUUUGCAAUGUGAUAGAGACAUAUAAAUUGAAUCACCAAUACCACUACAAUUACCAAUAAGGAAUGCAUUAAGUUCCCUUUGCAAGGGACGUAUUAAUAUUUUGACAAUGUCUUUAAUAGGCAGUUGUGCAUGAAACUUUCCAAAGUCAUCUUGUCAAGCACCAGCCUGUGGAAUCGACUUUGCAAAAGUGACACCUUGCAAUAUUUCUAUGAACUGCACGUGCCUAUAGGCUAGCAUGACUUCAAGAAAGAUAUGACCACUUAACCUCCUUAACAUGACCUUGUAUAGCAACAUGCCUGAUAAAUCAGCCCUGCUAAAAAUGGAGAACAGUGAUUAUUCUACCAAUCUCA